UUAAAUGUUCUAUUUGAACUGGAUCUUCUUCAAUCCAGCAACAUUCCUCAUCUAAAUUUAGAGCCAUUUUUGCUAAAUUGUGCGCCACUACAUUACUUUCUCUAUGUAUAAGAUUCAAGGACCAUCUGUCAUACCUUCUCAAUACUGUUCUAAAAUCCAUAAUUAUUUGUCCACAUUCUGAUUCAUCUAAUUCUGUUGCAGAAUUAAUUCUAUCUAUCACAUUCUUUGCAUCUUCUUAUCAAAUUAUAUCCCAAAAGCCCAAUUCCUUACACAUCUCCAUCGACCUCCAAAGAGCAUGACACUCAGCCAGGAAAUGGGAGACUGCCAGUUUCCUUGGAGUGCAUAUUGUAGCCAUCUCCUGAAUUAUUCCUCACUAUUAUCCCCAGACCUAUCUUCUUAUUCUCCAUAUCCACUGCCGCAUCACAAUUCACUUUGCAACAAUUACCCACUGGUUUCUGGGCUGUUUGCUAGCCUCAAUUUCACAAAGAACUUAUAAAAAUAAAAAAAUUUAUAGAGAACUAAACGCUUGUGGAACUCACUUUUAAAGGAUAUUAAAACUUUGGCAAAUUCCAAAAAGCAGAGGAUACAAAUAAAAGGAGAAAAUCUUGGCUUCAAAUCCGGUAUAAUUAAGGACAAAGUGUGAUCUCAUUCUCAUCUAGGGCUGAAAGAGUAAAAAAUGAUGGAUCCAGUCAAUCUAUUAUUCCACAGAAAAUAAGGGUAGUCAAGGCUAAUACGAAACUGAUUUACCCAAAAACAAUCCACUUUUCUUGAACUGCAACCUUCGCUCCCUCCCCCGGCCCCCUCUUCCCCCACCUCUCUCUCUCUCUCUCUCUCUCUCUCUCUGUGACACACACACACACGAACACUCUGACUUUCAUUCUUUUAGAUUCGUAUUUCCAUUGCUUUUCAUAUUCUCUCUUUUCAUUCUUCCUUUUUCUGCCAAGGAGAAAAAUAAAAAUGUAUAGAUCGGCGAGCUGGAGCCGCGUCUCUGACGGCGACGAUUACUUUAAGCAUGGACCCUCACCUUCGACGAAGGAGUCGCUGAGCAUGCAGAGAUUGUCAGCUUCGUUUGAAAGCAAUAAUGAGUUGCCUGUCUAUGACCCUAUCGCGGAGUUGGCUAAGAAAGAGAGGGCACGCGUCAAGUUUGCAGAGAAUGCCGUGCAUGUCAUACCCUUUGUCCUGCUUCUCUGCGCCACUGUUCUCUGGUUCUUCUCUAAUCCGGAAGUGGACGUGGGAAUCAGAGGAGAUUCAGCAGCGGCAAGAAUCGAAGGAUUGACACUCGAAGGAGAAUUUGAUAAUGAUAGUGAUGGCACUCAAACGGGUGCUUUGCCGAGACUGGAUUUUGGGGGUAUAGACUCACCGAAACAACUCGAAGGUCGCAAAGGUCCAAUCAAAUUGGCCCACAGAUCUUUCAAAUGAUGCCUCCGUGGGUAACGCAUGACACUGCUAUGUUUUAACUUUUUGCCUACAUUUUGCCCUUAAAAAAAAAAAAAAAAAAGAGAGGUUGCUACGACAUUGUUUUUCUCUCAGCAGAAUCUAUAGGGACGGCAAUGGAAUAAAUAUUUUGUGUCGUGGAUUAUCAA